GCUGGUCGUUGUUAAAUUGUGUUGACACCUAAGUUCAUGCGCAUAUGCAUUCAUAUGUAUGUACAUAUGUGUAUACUUUAAUUUGAAGAUUGUUCCGUAAACCGAAAUCAUUUGUAAUUUAGUUUGUUACGAAUUUGACGUCGACGUCUCGUGAAAUGGAUAGAGAUAGCAAUUUUAGUAAGAAAUUAAUUGUUAAAUAUCGGAAGGAGCACUAUAACCUUACAGAGUUUAUUGAUAAGCAUCCUGGCGGUGUAAUUAAAGGUCUCAGAAAUGCCGAUAUAACUGCCCGAUUUUCAAAAGCUCAUCCACAUUCUGAAGCGGCAACGUAUUUAAUGAACGAGUACAAAAUCUACGGUAAAACUCAAACGCACGGCCGAAACGAAGGAAAAAAAAAAGUUGAUUUUUCCAAAUCACCCCAGGAGAUCAAUAAUCAAUUUUCUGAGGACAUGGAGUACCUAGUAGAUUGGUCAAAAGCAAUGCUUCCUCAAAUUGCAAACAUAACCAAAUAUUAUAAUGAUUGGGUACACAAGCCAGUUGAUAGACCUCUGUUGUUAUUCGAUUCUUGGUACUUGGAAAUGUUUACUAAAACCCCAUGGUGGCUUGUGCCUACAUUUUGGAUUCCAGUUAUUGCUAACUUGUUAUGGAUAGAUUUUGAGAAAAACUCAGAUAGUAAAUUUGAAAUUGCAUAUUUUUUCGGAAACGUUUUUGUUGGAAUAUUUUUUUGGACUUUACUCGAAUAUGCUUUACAUCGUUGGAUUUUUCAUAUUAAAAUAUCGUGUGACAGUAGCGCGUGGCUCUGUACUUUUCAUUUUCUUAUACAUGGUCUUCAUCACAAGGUGCCGUUCGAUCCGAUGCGGCUAGUUUUCCCUCCACUACCGGGCGUUAUUUUAGUUAAUAUUAUUUAUUUCCCAAUAAGUUAUGUAAUUCCUCGUCCACGUGUCAUACUAGUGGGUGCUUUGAUAGGUUACUUAUCUUAUGAUAUGAUACAUUAUUAUCUACACUAUGGAAAUCCAAAAGCGAAACAUCUUUAUAACAUGAAACGAUAUCAUUACCAACACCAUUUUGUACACCAAAAUUUGGGCUAUGGCAUUAGCAGUACACUAUGGGAUGUCGUUUUCAAGACAUGCAUUAACUUGCGAAAACUGACAUAUCGACUAAAUUGGACUUAAAAGUUGAUUUCUAGAUACUCAUAUAUAUUAUGAUCAAAUUUUUAGGUUUAAGGAUUUACAUUUUGGAUAUGCUGUUGAAAUAAAAUGCUUAUUGGUUCUAA